AUGGCGGAAGAGCUGGUGGUGAGAUCAAACUCUAUCAAGGUCCAUGAGCUCAUCUGCAGGCAAUUCUGGCGAAACGAUGAGCCGCCGGAAGCCCCCCUAUCAUUAGAAUCUGCACCUAUCAUACCGCUGGCCUACGUCUCGAUAUUCAGCAUUCUCACUUUUCAUGCAAGUCUGUCCAAGAGGUUAUGUUGGGUUACCCCCCUGAUGGUACUAGGCUACCAGCGACCCUUGCAAGCUACAGAUCUUUGGAAGAUGGAUGCAAGCAGGGAAGCCGACGGCAUGUCUGAUCGUUUCUUGGAGAACUGGCAACGACGUCAGACCAAAGCUCAGGAGUGGAACGAAAGCUUGCCAACGAGACGAGCACCAUUUCGGCUGCGACUUUGGUGGAUAUUUACCAGCCUAUGGCAUUUGCUAUCCCAGCCAAGUGCAAGAUCGUCUUUGAAGCACGAAUACGAAGCGUCUGAGACCCGCUGGCGGUGUGAGACUGGCCGGCAACAGGCCAGCCUGGUGAGGGCUCUCAACGACUCGGUUUCUGGCUUUUGGUCGGGAGGUGCCUUCAAGGUUUUUGGCGAUACUGCGCAGUUGAUGACCCCACUCGUCGUCCGGGCUUUGAUCAAUUUUAGCAAGGAAGUGUAUAAUGCAGAUCACCACGGCGGACAGCGCCCGAGCAUAGGUCGAGGUGUAGGGAUGGCUCUUGGAUUAUGGGGUCUUACCAUAACGCAAUCUCUUUGCCAGCACCAGUUCUUCUUCAGAUCAAUGGCAACCGGUGUCCUCGUCAGAGGGACUCUGAUCACAGCUACCUAUAAACGGGCUUUGAAGCUUUCUUCCGAGGCAAGAGCAGAGCAUCCCAACGGAAAGCUCAUGGCCCACGUCUCCAGCGAUAUAUCCCGCAUAGACUACUGCGCGCAAUGGUUUCACGCUAUCUGGACAGCUCCAAUACAGUUGUCCAUCACACUCGGUUGCAAUCUGCUGACUUUGUGCAAGUUGGGCCCUUCCGCACUUGUCGGUUUUGCCUUAUUUGUGCUGCUAGGACCGCUGCAGACGUGGUUCAUGAAGCUGUCUUUCUUAACCAGAAAGAAGGCUAUGAUCUGGACAGAUCGUCGCUCGAAAGUCCUGCGCGAACUUUUGUCGUCGAUGCAAAUCAUCAAAUACUUCACAUACGAACAGCCAUUUCAGGACCGUAUUAACUCGAUUCGUCAUCAUGAAAUGGUUGGUGUGCGACUGAUCAAUAUGAUUCGUGCCGCCAAUCAAGCCAUGGCAUAUUCUAUACCCACACUGGCUUCUGUACUUGCUUUCGUGACGUACGCCUCCAGCCAUCCCAGAUUCGAUCCCGCUGUCAUAUUCACAGCCCUGUCCCUUUUCAACCUUCUUCGGCAGCCGCUCAUGUUCCUGCCUCGGGCGUUAUCGUCCCUAACUGAUGCCAAAAAUGCGGCCCAAAGACUGACAGAAGUCUUUGAAGCGGAGACUAUGGUGCAAGCUGAGAAUGUGGACCUCUCAUGCGCUUUCGCUCUUUCCGUGAAAGAUGCAUCCUUCCAAUGGGUGACCAAUAGGGAUCCACCUGUCUCUGUCACUGGUGCGGAAGGGGUUUCUGACUUCCAGACUACUCCCAUCGAACCGUUCUGCAUCAGGAAUCUCAACUUGGAGGUAUCUCGUGGGAAACUAGUGGCUGUUGUUGGGGGAGUUGGAGCCGGCAAAUCAAGUCUCCUACAGGCCCUCAUUGGCGAGAUGCGAUUGUUGUCGGGUGAGGUCCUGUUCGGAGGCAGGAUUGCGUAUUGCCAACAAAAUGCAUGGAUUCAAAACGCGACAUUGCGAGAUAAUAUAUUGUUCGGACGGCCAUGGGAUGAAACGCGGUACUGGUCAGCAGUGGAGGACGCCAGCUUGAUGCGAGACUUGGAAAUCUUGCCUGAUGGUGACUUGACCGAGAUAGGCGAGAAAGGUAUCCUAUUAGGACAGAAACAGCGAGUGAACAUCGCUCGAGCAUUAUAUGCCGAUCCCGACAUCAUACUGUACGACGAUCCACUGAGUGCUGUUGAUGCCCAUGUUGGACGAGCGCUCUUUGAAAGUGCUAUCAUCAGAGUUCGAGACAGAGGCAAAACCGUCAUACUAGUGACCCAUGCCCUCCAUCUUCUACCGCAGACAGAUUACAUCUAUACAUUGACACAAGGGACAAUAGUGGAAGAAGGCACGUACCAGGAGCUCAUCGCCCGAGGGGAGGACUUCUGUAAUCUUGUGAAAACCUUUGGAGCCGGAAAGGAGGUGGAUGAGGAGGGUAUCACCUCAGUUAAUAAGACGAACAAGCCUUCACGGAAGCAAGCACCUCAAGAAUAUUCUAAAGCUGCCGGGACCGGUCGAUUGGAGGCAAGUCUUACCGGGAGAUUAAUGACAUCGGAAAAGCGAAAAACAGGUUCUGUUGGUCGUAAGGUCUACAAGAGCUACUUAAAAGCAGGCAACGCUCGAGUUACAGCACCUCUGACUAUCCUUUUCGCCCUGGUCAUGCAGACUUCUCAAGUCAUGUCAACGGUUUGGUUAACUUAUUGGGAAGCUUUCAAAUUCGGUCCCGGUGAAUCGCUGUACCAAGGCGUUUAUGCUGGACUCGGGUUGCUGCAGGCUCUGUUUACCUUUGGCAUGGGAGCAAGUAUGGGCAUCAUGUCCUUCUAUGCCUCAAAAUCUCUUCACCGAAUGGCCCUGCGAAACAUUUUCUUCAGUCCUAUGGCUGUCUUUGAUACGCAGCCGCUGGGCCGCAUACUCGGCGUCUUCGGUAAAGAUAUCGACACUGUCGACAAUCAGCUGGCCGAUUCUUUCCGUAUGAUGGCGAUGACUGUUGCUAGUUUCCUGGGUUCCGUCAUCAUCAUCGCAGUCUUCUUUCACUAUUUCAUCAUUACGUCUCUAUAUAUCUCAUGCAGGAUCGCCGUCGUUGGCAUUGGUUACUGCUCGUUGUAUUAUCGCACGUCAGCACGCGAAGUUAAACGGCUCGACUCCAUCCUUCGAGGCCUGCUGUAUUCUCACUUUUCGGAAUCUUUGUCAGGUUUACCAACCAUUAGGGCGUACAAAGAGACGAGCAGAUUCAUCAAAGAGAACUCCUACUACAUGGAUCUCGAGAACAGAGCGUAUCUCUUAACAACGACAAAUCAGCGUUGGCUAGCGGUGCGACUGGACUUUUUAGGUGGAUGUCUCGUGUUUGCAGUAGCGGUGAUGGCAGCCAAGGGCGGAGGUGGACUUACAGCCGCUCAAAUUGCGCUGUGUCUUACAUACAUGACUACACUUGUACAGAUCCUCAGCAUGGUCACCAGACAAAGUGCGGAACUCGAGAAUAAUAUGAAUGCAGUAGAGCGAGUUUUGUGGUACGCAGACACCGCAAACAUUCCUCAAGAGCCGUCACAUGGCAGUGGUUCCAUUACACCGUCCGUCGAAUGGCCGGAGCACGGCGCUGUGCAAUUCGAGAAUGUCUGCAUGUCCUAUCGUCCGGGAUUAAAUCCCGUUCUCCACGAUGUAUCUUUCUCCGUCCAGGGAGGCGAAAAGGUCGGUAUCGUGGGGAGGACCGGCGCCGGCAAGACGUCUAUCACAGUAUCACUGUUCCGACUGGUAGAGCUUGCAUCUGGAUCGAUUAAAAUUGACGGCAUCGAUAUAUCGAGCCUUGGCCUAAACGCGUUGAGAUCCAAGAUGACCAUCAUCCCUCAAGAACCGCUACUAUUCGCGGGCACGUUGAGAAGCAAUCUGGAUCCGUUCGAUAUUUACGAGGAUUCCGAUCUGUACGACUCUCUGCGACGUGCUUGUGUCAUUGAAGAUUUACCCGGUCAAGGGAAGGAGAAAACUAGAUUCUCGUUAGAUACAGUCAUUGACGAAGAGGGUUCAAAUCUCAGCGUUGGCGAAAGGUCGUUGAUCAGUCUGGCAAGGGCGCUUGUGAAGAGGGCACAGAUUGUUGUCAUGGAUGAAGCUACAGCUGCCGUAGAUCUGGAGACCGAUGCAAAGGUACAAGCCACAAUCCAUAGAGAAUUUCGAGGAAAAACGUUGCUCUGCAUCGCCCACCGCUUGCGCACCAUUCUGGCAUGGGACCGUAUUCUGGUGUUAGAUUCUGGCAGCGAGUAUGAUACACCACUUGCACUUUUCGAUCGAGGAGGUCUCUUCCGUGCAAUGUGCGAGCAAUCAGCUAUAGAUCGCGAAGAGAUCGUUCUGUCACGGUCUAGGCUUUAG